AUGGAUACUUACAAUAUGACUACCUCUUUAUCAGUUGAAGCUUUAACUUCACCAAAUUUUACCUUAACAACUGCUAUGGGACCACAGUUUGCGAGACAGUGGAUGCAUUUUGGCAAUCAAACAGUUGUCAGUAAAGUACCUGAAGAAAUGUUACACUUAGUUGAUCCGUAUUGGUACCAAUUUCCUCCGUUACAUCCACUGUGGCAUAAAAUUUUGGGCUUCGUUAUGAUUAUAUUGGGCAUUAUAGGUUGGUGUGGUAAUGGUGUAGUAGUUUAUGUGUUUAUAAUGACGCCUUCGCUAAGGACACCAAGCAAUCUGCUUGUAGUAAAUUUGGCAUUUUCUGAUUUCGUGAUGAUGGGUUUCAUGUGUCCCCCUAUGGUAAUUUGUUGUUUCUAUGAAACAUGGGUGCUGGGAACUUUAAUGUGCGAUAUUUACGCGAUGGUCGGUUCAUUGUGUGGCUGUGCCUCUAUUUGGACAAUGACAGCCAUUGCUCUAGAUAGAUACAACGUUAUAGUGAAGGGUAUGUCUGGAACGCCUCUUACUAUAAAAAGAGCUAUACUUCAAAUACUGGGUAUAUGGAUGUUUGGUCUAUUAUGGACGAUUGCACCCAUGGUAGGAUGGAAUAGGUAUGUUCCAGAAGGUAACAUGACUGCAUGCGGGACAGAUUAUCUCACGUUAGAUUGGUCCUCCAAGUCGUACAUUUUAAUCUACUCUGUCUUUGUGUAUUACACACCAUUGUUCACGAUUAUAUACAGCUAUUACUUUAUUGUCUCGACUGUUGCGGCACAUGAGAAAGCAAUGAGAGAGCAAGCAAAGAAAAUGAACGUUGCAUCUUUAAGAUCCGGAGAGAAUCAGGGUGCCAGUGCUGAAGCAAAAUUAGCAAAGGUAGCAUUAACAACAAUUUCGUUAUGGUUUAUGGCCUGGACGCCUUACCUUGUGAUCAAUUAUAUCGGAAUAUUCAAUCGUACUCUGAUCACUCCUCUGUUCACUAUUUGGGGAUCGUUGUUCGCGAAAGCGAACGCAAUAUACAAUCCGAUCGUUUACGGGAUCAGCCAUCCAAAGUACAGAGCCGCGUUGAAGGAGAAACUACCGUUUCUUGUGUGUGGUUCGACAGAGGAACCGGGUGCUGGUGGAGGGGAGAAAGCAUCGGAGGCUACCGGAAACUCUUAG